CAAUCUUCAUCACUUUGCAUUUUUUGUUCAGGAAAGCAUUAUUGUAAAAAGCAAACAUGCUUUGUCAGUGUGGAAUAGUAACAAUUGCAAUAUAUGGAUUCCUGAAAAACUUUUGUCCGGAUGGAGUUUAUCUUUCCAACAUACUUUUCAGCCCUCCAAAGAAUUUAACAGUAGCUGAGGUAACUCAAGAUAUCUACGCAGUCAUGGCUUACACAAAUCUUUUCUUCACCUUUGUCGCACUUCUAGUCACAGACAUUCUUCAAUACAAAACCAUUAUCAUCUUAGGAGCUUUAGCAUCUGCAGUGAAGUGUCCGGUUCUAUAUUUUGGAACUACCGUUGCACAUAUUCAGAUUGCUCAGGGGCUGUUUGCUUUUUACCGAGCGUCCCAAGUAGCUUAUCGUACCUACAUCUACACUCAAGUUAAGAAACAUAACUACCAGCAAGUGACAGCUGUAGUGCACAUAACUCCAAAACUGGGAACUUUGGUCUCGGCACUCUUAGCUCAGUUUCUCAUGUCAACCCAUUUCGUCACUGUCCAGAGCCUAAUUCUAAUCUCUUUUGUUGCACUCAGUGCUUCAUUCCUGACUGCGCUCGCAUUGCCAUCAGUGGAAGGCACUGCUUACUCGGCCGACAAAAACUCUCUUGAAAAGCAAGGCGUUAAAGGCUGUCAGAGAUAUCGUCAUGCCGCCCGCCUACUCUGGGAGGAGCUCAAGUUUGCAGCCUCCAAUGUAAACACCCUCAAAUGGUGUGUGUGCUGGAUCUUGUCUAACGGAGCCUUCCAGUUGGUGUGCGAUUACUACGUGCAAGCGUUGUGGAACGAUGUUACAGGGUCGAGACAAAACACAUACAAUGCUGGAGUAGAAGCCAUCUACGCCUGCUGUAGCACCAUAAUAUGCUUCAUGGUGGGCAAGCUGAAGAUAGAUUGGCAGAACCACGGGGAGAUUGUCAUUGCAGUUUGUACCCUGGUACAAGCAAUGGCUCUCUGUGCUUCAGCACAGUCCUCGUCCAUCAUAAUGUCUUACGGACUUUACAUCACUGCUUCUCUACUUUAUGACUUCAUGACUGUCAUCAGCAAUUCACAGAUAGCGCUGCAAGUGAAGAAUGACAGUUUUGGGCUCAUCUUUGGGAUCAAUACAUUCCUAUCAAUCGGUUUCCAAGGUAUUCUAACAUAUGUUUUGACUUCCAAGAACACUUUGGCUCUUCCCAUCCGUAAACAGUUUGUAGCAGUAGGCGUUUGUUUUGCUAUUUUGGGAAUAAUAUUCUUAGCUAAAACGAUCUCAUCGAUGAUUUUCUCAAGGUCAGCUUUAGUAAAGGAAAGUCUUCCAACAGAGCUGAGUAUCAACAGUGUCAGCAAAGCUGCAACACUCGACAUCAGAGAAACUGGUCGCAACAGUGUCGAACAAUCUAGCCAAACCUCGCCAAGGUUAGAAACAAUCAACUCAGCCAAGUCAAAAACAUCUAAUGGUGUCUGUAUGAAAUACUAGAUAAGAAAUGAGUAAAUAGGUUAAAACGACAAAGUUUGAAUCAAGAGGGCCUUUUGGAAAGUAACUUGCGUCAGUAAUAUACUUCAAGAGUUGCACCUCUUCACUACUUUCACUAAUUCCAUGUUCAUAAAAAUCUCCAAGUUUCUUCACCUUUAAAACCCAAUCUUUUUUAUAAGAACUACUCUACUGUUUCAUGGAUUAAACAUGUGAAACUCCUCAUGGAUCACAAAACAUGAUUGCCAUGAGUUUCCUGGAAGGGAAAUCUUGCUCAGCCUUCAAGAUUAAGUGUAUGUGUGUAUG